CGCAUGCGUGAAAAUGUACAGCAGCCAUGCUUACCGCUUACGUUUACGUAUAUGUAUUACGUUUACGUAUGUACAGCUUCAGGAGCACGUGGUUAUGUUUGAAGCCGCUGGCAUAAGUGCAUCGUAUAAUUUCACAUUUCUAUUAAGUACCAAUGCGGUCGAAGUCAGAGACAGAUAAUACUGGUACAAUACUAGCACAGAGUGAUAAUGAGGACAAUAGUGAUUACGAAGAAAAUGAAGAAGAAGAAGAAUCAGAUGGUCCAGAAAUUGGGGAUGACAUGGACGAUGCAUCACAUGAUACUGGAAAUGCAGGCUGGGCUGAUGUUAUGCAAAAGAUUCUAAAAACAAGUAAACCGAAGAGAAAAAAGACACUUGUACUAGCUAAGGCAAAGAAGUUAUGCGAUGUAAAGGUUAAAGAAAAGAAAGAAGAGCCUUCUUUUGAGAUUGAUGGCAUCAAAGAGGAGAUCAAAACUGAAUUGAAAGAAGCUGUCAAUGAGACGAAUAUUGCAGCAACUAAAUCGAGAAUAAGGAGGAAAGAAUGUGGCAUUAGAGUAAAACCAUCCAUUACAGACCGGGAGCAUGAAAGAAUGUUGCAAAAGAUAGCCACAAAAGGAGUCGUGCAACUGUUUAAUGCAGUAAGACAACAGCAAACGGAAAUAAAAAAGAAGUUAUCGGAAGCAGGACCAUUAGAGAGGAAACGCGAACAAGUAUAUAAAAGCAUUGACAAAAAUACUUUUUUGGAUGUCCUUAUGGGUGGCAGUAAAAGCAUUCCAGUUAAUAAUGCUGUUAAGUCUGAGAAACCUAUUGAGCAGACGGAUAAUAAGGGCAAAGAUCACAAAAUGUGGAAUGUUCUUCGAGAUGACUUUAUCAUGGGAGCUAAGUUGAAAGACUGGGACAAGAAGAAUGUAGAAGAAGAAGAUUCUUCAGCUCCUGAAGACAUGGACAGCGAUAUGGAUUGAAAGUAAGAUCUCUAGUCUGCAAAUUUUUUUUAUAUGACACUGUUAAUCAUAAAAAAUCGAUUGAUUGUGUGUACAUAGUUAACUGCAUUGAUAUUCUCUUGGAAUACAUGUAAAUAUUGUGAAUGAACUGGAUCCUUGAAACGAGUGUACUACUCUCUCACUACAUACUCCUUUCAUACUCCGUUUACACUCAUACCCUUUAACUUUCCAAUUAAUCUCUUAUAAAAACAGAGGCAUACACGAGAGAGUCGAAAUUCGGCGACUACAUCAUUCACACCAAGUCACAUGUCAUUUCUAAAUUCUGUGAAUUAAAAAUAACAAAUUAUUAAUUUGUGCAUUUGUAUAAUUAGCCUUCCAUUUUUUUAUAAUCUAGUGUUCGUUACAAUUAAAUAUAACAAUGUAUGUAUACGUACAAUAUAAAGUAUGUUUCUCAUUAUGGGAAAUGAUUUAUAUUGAUAUCGUUUAUUAAUUUAUUGAUAUUGUGUCUGUAUUAGAUAUUCGAUUUUCUGUAGAAUAACAUUGUCUUAUAAAGUAAGUUGCUUCUUAUCGUUUUAUUAUAUUCCAAACAAAGGAAGAAAAAGAGUUUGGUCAGAAAAACGAUCAACUAUUGUAAAACAAUAAGUUCCGUUGUCUACACCAUUCGUUUAGCAAUCUAAAAACUAGGAAGGCACACAGUAUUAUA